GAUUAUUCUGUGCACUCUAGCCCAACGCGAAGGUGAAACAAUCCAUGCCAUGACUUGUCCAUAAAUCCACCAUCUCUUGCUUCUACAUAUUCUUCUGAUUCACGCCCUUUGCCCAUUCUCUCAUAUUCCUAAUGGCUUACAACAAGGCUUUCAAUCCUGACGCCCUCCCUGCUCACGCAGAACCGGAGCAGGCUGCACAAGCUCUCAGCCAGCUCGAUGGUAAUCGACGACAGCAACAAAGUCCUCCUCAGACGCAGGCGAACACUGGCCGAAGACCAUCUCCUGCAGGGAUCGUGCCCCCGCCACAAUCCUCAUAUCGACCUCCUCUCCCUCAGACAUACCAUCAACAACGACCAAGCCCAAACCAGUCAUAUGGCGAUGGUCAAUAUAACCGUUUGACAUCGGGGUCGCCUGGCACCCCAAGCUACAACUAUGGCUCCCGUCCACCGAACGACUCGUUCGCUGGCCGUCGUCCCUCUAACGAGCACGGCCAUCCCCCACCUCCACCAGCAUCGCGCCCCCUCGACCCAGAUUCAGUCGACCUUGUGCCUCUGUUUCGAGCGGCCAAUGCCUCAGGCACUGGCUCGCUGACCACCUCCGAGCUCGGUUCUGCCUUGUACAACGCCGACUUCACUCCCUUUGACGGACGCACAAUCACUUCCUUGAUGCGCAUGUUUACCUCCUCUCCGCCAGGACACCCCCAAGGCCCCACCAUCACCUUUGUUGAAUUUGAAAGCUUGUGGGCGUUUCUUGCCAAGUGGCGCGAACUGUUCGAAAGGUUUGACUCAGACCGCAGCGGCCGAGUAUCGUUGGCCGAAUUCUCCACUGCAAUGAAAGAGUUUGGCUAUCGCCUGUCACAGCCGUUCGUCGGAGUCUUAUACAACACUUUCAACGACCGAAGUCCUACGCAAGGUCAAGGCAUGAACUUUGACCUGUUUGUGCAAGCCUGCAUCAGUCUGAAACGUAUGACGGAUGUGUUCAAAAAAUAUGAUGAUGACCGUGAUGGAUACGUGACCUUGAGUUUUGAAGAGUUUCUGACCGAGAUCCUCCGCCUGAGAGACUGAUCCAAUCACUCUAGAAGCCUCUUCCUCACCACGUUUCGAUCGAGCAUCGGAUGGCUAGUUGUGGAGUAACCCUCGACGACGCAAGCAUGCCAUUUCUUGACAACGGAUGCUGGAGUGCCGAAUUGUUGCACCAGGGUUGAACCCAUGAUCGAAACCAUUCCCAGAUGCUCCUGCUUGGAUGCGUUGUGGGAAGCAGUUCCAUACAGGACCAAUGAUGGGAAGCCCUCGCUCGACCAAGGCUCUGUCCGUCUCAGCUUUCGAGGCCGGGUUCUGACGUUCACAACAUCGGUAGAACCUUCACAGCCUUGGGCAAGCGUCAUCCCCAAAACAAGUCACUAGAGCCAUGUCGGGACUCGCGUGAGGCAUGUCUCUUUCCUUGGGUGCCAUCAGAACACUCCACCGACCGAGUGACGUACAACCCGCACACCUACACAGCUGGGGGAAUUAGUAGAGAUGCCCGAACCUCUACCGUGGGGGUUGUAUUGCUGGCUUGAUACUGUAAUUUAGACGGAAAUAAGGUGAAUCGCAACUCCAAGGACCCCAUGGAAUUGACUUUGAACGGCACGAGUGGUAGUGGGAUAACUACUCCGUACUCAGGUGACGAAGGUCACGGGGGAGACCGGGGGUUAAUUGGUGUGGCACCCAGGUUAAAGAAUGCCAGUUUGGCUAUUCUUGGGCCGAAGGUCGGCAUCGCUGCUGGCCCUGCUGGACCUGCUGGGCCGUUGGCCAAUAUCCUUUCUGAUAAACGAGCGUUGAAUAGUGAUGCAGAUGUGACGAGGUGCUCUGAUAAUCCCACCUUGCACCACAAGCGUUUGCACGAAGUGGUCUGCAGCUAGAAAGAGUGGGCGGACACUCGGUCGAAUUCACGCUAUGACGAACCCUGGGCAACAAUGAUGGGCAAAUCAUGCCCCUCACCAGUAGUGAUCAACGAUCCUUAAGGUCCCGACAUU